CACCUCAACGCACUUUAGAUUUUUACAAGCCUAAUAAUGAUAAAUUUUCUGAAGUUACUCAAGAUGAUUUACGGGCAUGGAUUAUGGAAUGGAUCAUUCUCGAGGAUCUUUCCUUUACAAUAGUAGAGGGUCAAAUCAAAAAUAUAAUCGAGAGAAUUUUGAAAUUCCGUGUUGUAUCUGCAGAUACAAUUAAAUGCGAUAUAAUAAAAAAAUAUAAAGAAAUGCAAACUAACGUUCAAUUAGAAUUACAAGAAAUUAAUGGAAUUACUUCUGACAGCGCUUCUAAUAACGAUAUGAUGGUUUAUCAUCUUGAAUCAUGGGCAAUUAGAGAAAAUAUUAAUUUUUCUACUGAUAAUCACUUCCGUUGUUUUGCUCACGUUGUAAAUCUUGCCAUUCAAGUUGCUUUAAAGCAGCUAAAGAAUGAAAUUGAUAAAAUUCGAAAACUUAUUAUUAAAUCCCGCUCAUCUCCACAACGAUGUCAGAAAUUUUCAGAAAUUUCAAAUUUAAAUAGUAUUAACUUGUCACCUAUUCUUGAUGUCUUUGAAAAGAUCUUAUUAAUCGAAGAAUUUUCAGACCUAGAUGAUUUAAAAUUAAGUCAAUCUGACUGGAAAUGUCUUGAAAAUAUUGCAGUGUUUUUAAAAUGUUUUGCUAAACUUUCUACUGAAAUGUGUUCCUCUUUAUAUCCUACAAUUAGCGCAGUAUAUCCUAUGUAUAAUUAUCUUAUGGAUCAUU